AUGAGUCGUACGGCCACGAAUAAAACAACCGGCCAUGCGCCAUCUACUUUAAUGUUAGAACGAAUGCAUGAAGCUGCGUCGGAUUUAGCGAUUUUAGCAACUACUAGUCAAGGAUGGCGAUUUACAAAUGAACGUAAUGGUGCGAUGCUGUAUGAAAUGGCAGGACGUAGUUUACCAUCAAAUGUUAGUACAGCUCAAAAAUUUGGACGUGGAGCAGGUCAUUCAUCGGAUUAUUACCUUGUUCGAGCAGUUACUACCGUGCACAUGGGUGUAGCUGCAUUGUUAGAUCUAUUGCAUUCGUCCACGACGGAGGAGUUUCAGCUCGUUAUGAAACAGAUUUUUCAACAGAAUUUUCAGAACGGAGUUACGUUAGACAAGUUAACAUGUACGACUCCGCCACCAUUUGCAGAAGACCCUGAUGCUGGAGCAGAAGGUGCAAGACGAAGUUACUCCGAGGAUGACUCGUACUCGGUCAAUUGGUUGACACUUAAAGCACAAGCAAAGCUAGGAAGUGUGGAAAACAAUCGAGAUUUUACACUUGUUUGCUAUCAAGAUGCCUUUUCGCAGCAUAAAUCGGGCGUAUUGGAACGAGUUGGUCGAGGAUCAGCAAGAACGAGAAGUGAUACGGUCAAUUUUCAACCACAAAACAAAUUACUUGGGGUACAUGUGCUCAGCAGCGUCAAUUUCCAGGAUGUCCCGGAAUUAUUGAUUCCAAAUUGUACGGACAGACUACACUUUCGAAAUUCCGGAUUCGUUAUUGAAGAGACUUCAGAGCCCAAUGUACUGAGACUUUCCUUAUUGCUGUCACUAUUACCAACUAAGGCGACGUUAAAGUAUGCUCGAAAGUAUCAACGAUGGCUGCAAACGCUUGCAAGCUGUGUAGGUAAUCUGGCGCAGGUUUUGAAACCAGAGGUGACGCUGCACUGUUUGAGCAAACUCACGUGGAAGCAGAGUGAUCACUGUUUCAUGUGUCUCAAGAUGUUUCGCACGUUCCGACGGUGUCACCACUGUCGUUUCUGUGGUGAGGCAGUGUGUGGCGCGUGUUCUAGUAUGGUCAAUAUGGCCGGGUACGAGGUGACAGAUGGCAGCGGCAAAACGUUGACUAACAAUGUAGCUUACAAUUUAGCGUCAUCGCAAUGCGUCGAGCCGACAAACGUCGAGUUUAGUCAGACUGGAGAUGUUCGACAGGGGGCAUCGAAGAGCGGACUCGCUGUUUCUCGCAGCAACAGCGUAGCGCGAAAUUUUCAAGAAGCUAGGGGCUGCAGCGCCUGCAUUGCGGAUCUGCGUCAUGGCCUCACGACUUCGGGUAUUGUAAAGACACGACGAAACUCUGACUCUAGCAAUUUUAGCGGGGGCAGUUACAGCGGCGACAUGAUGCUCACUUGCUCAAAAAUUGGUCGGAGUGUUAUCAAUGAUGAAGAUGAAGUUGUAUCAUACGACAGCUCGGACGAUGUCAGCUAUGAACGUCGUUUGGGUUCCAUUGCGACUUAUAUUCCGUCGGAAAGCGGUGUUGGUGCGAUGGUGGAGGAGAAUGGACGAUAUUCUGUCAGCAGUCUGGGGCUGGAUAAACCGCAAGAUGAUUUUCCAGUCAUGUCCGACGAACUGCAGGAUCAUUUUCCAGCAGUGGACGAACCGGCUCCUUCGCGCUUCCGAAACGUGUCCGAUCCGGACGAGCUCCGUCGCUUGCGUAAUGUUUCGGAUCCUGAGCUACCACAGCGUCUUAAAGACAAGCACAGUAUGGCGUCGAUGUCCACAGUAAGCAGUUCGUUCUCACGUUCGUCAAACGAUCGUUACACCAACGACAGUGCGUCGCAGUACUCCCGUGGCACCAACUUCUCGGCAAUGUCAGACGUGUUGUCAUCUUGUGAUCUUUCUCGUGACCCGGAUAUUCUGGCUCUUGCCGGACUAAAGCCCCGGCCUUCAGAUGAUCAUUAUGAACCUGCCCCGAUAUUGCGGCCGCCGAUGCCUCAACGAAAGAGUUGCGAGCAGUCUCAGAUUCCUGAAGAGCCGGAAAUGGAGAUGGAGCCGGAAGUGUUUGCCAAAACGAAGAGUUACGAGGAAGAGGAGUCUUUCAAGGGGAGGACUCUUCACCCUGCGUGGUCUGAUAAUAGCGAUGCUGACGUUCGAUACCGAAGCAAUACGACAAGCAUGCGUGGCGGUUAUGCUAUGCCCCAAAGCAGUGUGCUCUACCCUGCAGACAUUCUUCGUCAUCGCAGUCAGACCACUGCUGCUUUGACAUGGAACCCCGCUGCAACCGCUCCUUUGUCUUCAGCAAAGAAUUUGAGCGAUGCGCCAAACAAUUUUGUAAGCUCUAGCAUCCAUCCUGCUUUGAAUCGAUCCAAGGUAGCAGCAGCUCGAUCGGAGGCGUUAGUUGACAGCAGUGGUCAGUUCCAUUUUUCGAGGAUGAAGGAUGAGACAUCAGUAAAAUCGGCUGCGAUCGUAGCAGCCGUGACCGCCGUAUCGGUAGGAUCAACCAAAUCGAUAGCCGGAUAUCAGCAAGACCAGAUCUCGUCCAGUUUGGACAGCAGCAAAGUUAAUAUGACCUCCACAGCUAGACGAGGUUCCGUCCCGAGGCCGCUGCACGAGAUGCAAUCACUACCAGCUUCGGUUCCAGAGGGCUGCACGGCAUCAGAAGACUUGGAUUGCAACGAUAUGAUCCCGUUGCCCCUUCCUGACCAGGCGCCAGCAGCUUUCGUUGUGUUCUCAGCCUCAAGGCGUGAAUCGAUCUUUAUGCGAGCAGACGACGGUCAAGAUAUGAUUCCGCUUGAGUUCUAG